AUGCUUGGCAAACCUUUCACACAAAGCUCCUGUGGAAUGGGAUCUCGUCACAGCGCUCCUAAUUUGUCAGAUUUACAACCAUGCCGGCAGAAAAUCAAGAAACAACUUUCAGAUCCCAUGAUGCCCAAAGACACCCAGACAACGCAAUGUUCCCCCCAACAGAUCCACAAUCUGCAGCCCGCCCGUUCUCUUAGGUCCUCCCCCAAAUUCUCUGAGUUCAUGCAGAGAAGCCCCCUUCCUACUAUACUGGGGUCACCGACAAAGAGUAUAUCACCAUUUGAGUUUCCCAAGCCAGGCAGCUCCCAAAACUUGCUAACUCUUCUCACUCAGCAAGGAAUGAUGGUCCCUCCAACCAGGAACAAGACUCUCCCAGACUUGAAGAACGCGGUUCAUUACCAGUACCAGCAACCUGUUCUGGGCCUACGUCCUGUGGAAGAAGGGAAAAGUCCUUUUGGCAGGUCUCUAAGCACAGGCAGACUCACAGACCUCUUGCUUAAAGCAGCAUUUGGAACACAGGCUACUGAGAUUGGGAGCACUGAUAGCCUCAAUGCAGAGAAACCAAUGGAAAUAGCAGCUUUAAUUGGCUAUGCUGGAAACUUUCCCAGUGGGGCACAAGGCUCUCUUAGUCCAGCUCCUGUCAUCUUCACUGUGGGUUCUCCCCCUGAGGGCACAGCUACUACCCAAGGAGCACGAACCCGGCUCUUCUCAGUUGGAUCUUCAAGUUCUCAAAGCUCAGCUGGCUCAUACACUGGCAGACAUGUUGUUGUUGGCGCUGGAGGUGAGACCUUUGAAGCUCCCUCUAGCCUCAGGUACACGUUUCCAGAAGCCACUACAGCAAAUGCUGAAGGAGUUGUGAUGUUUGAAGUUCCUGAGCUUCCUGAAGAGACGCUCAUGGAGCAAGAACACACGGACACUCUCCGCAGCUUACGGUUCACUCUGGCCUUUGCUCAUUCAGUCAUGGAGAUUGCCAGCCUCAAGGGAAGCUCUGUGGAUACCAGUGCAUCUGUCACAUCUGAGUACCAGAUGCAAGAGAGUGUCGUGGCCGAUCAGAUCAGCCUUCUAAGCAGAGAGUGGAGUUAUGCCGAACAGCUAGUUCUUUACCUGAAAGCAGCAGAACUUCUCUCAAUUGGGCUGCAAACUGCCAUGGAGCAAGUCAGGACUGGUAAACUGUGUCUCUCUUCCACUGUUAAACAGGUGGUGAAGAAGUUGAAUGAGCUGUAUAAAUCUAGUGUGUCCUCAUGUCACUGCCUUAACAUAAGGCUCCAGAGGUUCUUUGCUGACAAACAGAAGUUGAUGGAUCGAAUCAACAGCAUCACAGCUGAAAAGCUUAUCUUUAGCUACACUGUCCAAAUGGUACAGUCGGCGGCUCUGGAUGAAAUGUUUAACCACAGGGAAGACUGUGUACAGAGGUAUCAUAAAGCUUUGCUUCUGAUGGAUGGAUUGCUCAGCUUCAUGACAGAUCAAGCAGAUGUAGACAACAUCAGCAAAUGUAAACUUUGCAUAGAACGGCGAUUAUAUGCACUUCAAGGCAGCAUUUGUGCAUAA